AAACAACCUACACAUCCGGGAAAGUUGUCUCUGUCAAGACAGGAAUAUUCAAGCCACAGUUGGGACACGGAGUAGCAGUAAAAUUAUUCACUUUCAAACUUCGUCUAUAUCAGUAGAUUAACUCAUUUCAUCGCACUUUCGUGUUGAUUUGAAGUCUGGAGAUUUUAUUAAAAUAAGAAUGCUUCUGAAGGUAUUCAGCACGAUGCAGAUGUGAAGUAAUUCGAGUCUUGAAGCUCUUCUUGGCCCCUGAUACCCUCACAGUGACCCACUGCUGUGUGCUACCUUGUUGUCCCCUUUGGCUGUCAACCUACAUGUUCUUACAUGAAGAGAGGGGAGAAACCCGAAGGAUAUCGACAGAUGCGACCAAAGACUUUCCCUGCUAGCAACUACAGUGUUAACAGCCACCAGAUGCUGCAGGAAAUUCGGGAGAGUCUCCGGAACAUGUCUCGGRCUUCUGACCCCCCUAAGGUGGACAUGGGGGGUGCUGGAAUAGUGGCGCCUGAAGACCCCAGGCAGCAAGGGCGCUGCAGCAACCCCAGAAACCCCUACCACAAAGCCUUGCAGGAGAUUCGCAAGUCCCUGAUGCCUUAUGCCAAUGAGCCCAGCUCUUCUGGACGGACUGCAGAGGUUAACAAACAGAUGUUGCUGGAGCUGCUUUCUGCUGGCUUUGAUGAGGAAAUGGUGAUCCGUGCUCUGAUGCAGACCAACAGUCGCAGUGUGGAGGCAGCCAUAGAGUACAUUAGUAAGAUGAGCUACCAGGACCCUGUGAGGGAGCAGAUGGUGGAUGCCYCCGCCCGCCCCGUCAAUGCAGGCAUGAAAGCCCCCGUUUCCUCUCAUAUCCAGCAGCCUGUGCUGAGGAGGCAGAGCUGGAAGGGUUCCAAGGAGUCCCUGGUUCAGAGACAUGGCCACAUGAGGGUGGAGGGGAUGGUGUACCGUUCAGACAGCCCUGGACCCCAGGGUGACCUGGCAGYACGAGGGCCUCCCCCAGCCUUCCCACAGGGCCACCCUGGCAACAACCAAUGGGUCAACCCUCCCCUACCCCCUCAGGUGCGCAGUGUCACCCCUCCCCCAAAUAGGGGUGGAACCCCACCUCCACCUUCCUGGGACAGUAACCCCUCCACAAAGCGCUUCUCUGGCAACAUGGAUUACCUGGUUCCCCGGAUCUCUCCCGUUCCCCAAGGAGCCUGGCCCGAUGGCUACUCAGCCCCCCAGAACCAGAGGGGUAUCAGCCCAGUGCCCAUGGGCCGUCAGCCCAUCAUCAUGCAGAGCUCUGGGGGUAACAAGUUCAGCUUCCCCUCCGGCUGGUCUCAGAACGGCUCCCCUCAACCAGACUACAUGGGACACCAGAGUGGUGGUAGCAGACAACCCCCUCCCCCUUACCCAGUGAACCAGAGCAGCAGACAAAGCCCCACCGCUCAGCAGAUGCAGGCCGGAGGUCCUGCCUCCUCCCCAUCCUACGUCAACGAUGGUAACCUCCCCCAGUCCAUGAUGGUGCCUAACCGGAACAGUCACAACCUUGACAUGUACAACAUGGGCGGGCCUCAGUCCUGGUCCCAAGCCCCCCCCGGCCAGCCCCAGUCCUCCCCAGGUAGCAGCAACCAGGACAUGUCCCCCUCAUGGCAGCAGCACAGCAUCCCUGUCCGAUCCAACUCCUUCAACAGCCACCAGAUGAGCAACAGGCAGGGCCACCCAGCCAGCUCCCAACCCUCUGCCACCACAGUGACAGCCAUCACCCAGGCCCCCAUCCUGAGGCCCGUUAAGAGUAUGCGUGUGCAGAAGCCUGAACUACACACUGCUGUGGCCCCCACACACCCACCCUGGAUGCACCAUCCCRCACCCUCUCCAUCUCCCACUACCUACCAGGAGCCGCUACCAGCAGCGCCCAUGCCCCAUGUACCCAUUACAGAAGCAGAGGUGCCCAGUUACCAGGGUCCUCCACCCCCAUACCCCAAACACCUCCUCCAGCAGCCUGCUGCACCCUGCCCUGCCUAUGACCCAGGGCACAAGCCAAGUACUGGGAGAGAGGAGGCUGCAGAGGAGUGUAGCAGCAGCUCUAAUGACAGGCCAGAAGGCCCAUACUCUGCUGCCAUGGGAACAGAUAAGGAGAAUAAACAGAUCACCACGUCUCCGGUGCCUAUGCGCCGGAACAAUAAAGACGAGGAGCGGCGAGGAGACCCCAGAGUGCCACUCUACUCUCCCCAGGCCUUCAAGUUCUUCAUGGAGCAGCACGUUGAGAACGUCCUGAAGAACCACCAAAUGAGGAUCCAUAGGAAGAAGCAGCUGGAGAGUGAGAUGCAGAGGGUUGGGUUGUCAGGAGAUGCCCAGGAGCAGAUGCGCAUGAUGCUGUCUCAGAAAGAGUCCAACUACAUCCGACUGAAGCGGGCCAAGAUGGACAAGUCCAUGUUCAAGAGGAUCAAGACCCUGGGCAUCGGAGCCUUUGGAGAGGUGUGUCUAGCCCGGAAGGAGGACACGGGAGCCCUGUACGCCAUGAAGACGCUGCGCAAAAAGGACGUUCUCCUCAGGAACCAGGUGGCCCACGUCAAGGCAGAGCGAGACAUUCUGGCUGAGGCUGAUAAUGAGUGGGUGGUGCGGCUCUACUACUCCUUCCAGGACAAGGACAACCUGUACUUUGUGAUGGACUACAUCCCCGGAGGAGACAUGAUGAGUCUGCUGAUCAGGCUGGGCAUCUUCAAAGAGGACUUAGCUCAGUUCUAUAUUGCUGAGCUCACCUGCGCCGUGGAGAGCGUGCACAAGAUGGGAUUCAUCCACCGCGACAUCAAGCCAGACAACAUCCUCAUAGACCGGGACGGACACAUCAAGCUCACCGACUUUGGGCUCUGCACCGGCUUCCGUUGGACGCAUGACUCGAAGUACUACCAGAGUGGAGACCAUGUUCGGCAGGACAGCAUGGACUUCAGUAAGGAAUGGGAGCAGGACCCAGCUAACUGUCGCUGCGCAGACCGACUCAAGCCCCUGGAGAGGAGGAAGGCGAGGCAACACCAGCGCUGCCUGGCCCACUCCCUGGUGGGGACACCCAACUACAUCGCUCCAGAGGUGCUGCUCAGAACAGGAUACACCCAACUGUGUGAUUGGUGGAGUGUUGGUGUCAUUCUAUAUGAAAUGUUGGUUGGGCAGCCUCCUUUCUUAACAACUACACCCCUGGAAACACAGCUCAAGGUGAUAAACUGGCAGACCACACUGCACAUCCCCCCUCAAGCCAAGCUGAGCCCAGAGGCAUCGGACCUCAUCAUUAAACUGUGCCGCGGCCCCGAGGACCGCCUCGGCAAGAACGGUGCCGACGAGAUCAAGGUGCAGCCCUUCUUCAAGACCAUCGACUUCUCUAAUGACCUGCGGCAGAUGCAGCCAGCCCCCUACAUACCCACCAUCGCUCACUGCACAGACACCUCCAACUUUGACCCGGUGGACCCAGACAAGCUGUGGAGCAGCGAUAACGAAGCCGAGGGCAAACACAAUGACACCCUCAAUGGGUGGUUCAAGAACGGCAAGCACCCCGAGCACGCCUUCUACGAGUUCACCUUCCGCCGCUUCUUUGACGACAACGGCCACCCCUACAGCUGUCCCAAGCCCAUUGGCAUAGAGUAUGAGGAGGGAUCUGAUGGGGACGAGGCAGACUCUGAGGCCCCGGCACAGGAGGAGGGAGACCAGGAAGAGAGCCGCAGGGGGGCACAGGGCCGUGAUUUGGUCUAUGUGUAGUAUCUUCUAUGAACAUCUUUGUUCUGCUGGACUGUUGGUACAUAAUAGGUCUGGGAAACAGGUUGCUGGUUUGUCAGAGAGCGGGUCAGGAGUUGGGUAUAUGACGUGGACGUGCUUAACUGUUCUUGUGGGGACCAGAAGUCAAAUGCUAUUUCUAUGGGGUUUAGGGUUACGGUUAGAAUUAGUGUUAGGGUUAGAA